AUGAAGAUCAUUGAUCCAUCACCAUCUGCGCAAGCUCGUCGUCAAGCCGAGCGCCGACUCAAACAGGAAUACUUGCUCGACCAAAAAAUCAUAGCUCUCCGGAAGGAAUUGGUUGAAGUACUCGGCAUUCAGACUCCCUUGGAACAAAUAUUGCCGCCACAGCUCAAGACUCAAGAUAAGCACGAGUCUGUGAUGUUCUUAAGGCUCAUGAUCAUGGACGCUCUACAGAACAAGCUCGUACACAUGCAAAGUCUGAAAUUGAUUCCGCCGCCUUCCCCCACAUUCACCUGCUUUUCAAAUCUCCCACCAGAGCUUCGCCUCAAGAUUUGGGACUAUACGCUCGAGAAUCAUUGUCACGAACGGAUUCAUUCCGUUGAUGUAUCCGAAAAGGAUAGAAAUGAGUUCAUGGCCGGAGACUAUGAUGCAGAAAACCCUCAACACCUCAUCAAAGUCAUUUCGAACCAGCUUAUCCACCCAACCCUCCAUGUAUGUCAUGAGUCCCGAAUGCAGUACCUUUACCGAACUGGAGCUUCAUUUUCGAGCCAUCUUGCAACAUACAUCAACUUUAACACCGACGUAAUCUACAUACCUAAUAACGAUUUCGCAGCAGAAAUCUUCCGGAAGUUAGUACAAGACAGUAGAAGGUGUCCAAACCAACUGCAGCGUAUUGCGAUGCCAGCCCAACUUUACUGCAACCUUCCUAUGGACGACGGUGAACGUCUCGAGACCGUGCACUUUGAUAUGCGGGACGCGAUGCCGGCCUGGCGAGAAACCUUGAUCGUCUUCGCUGAUGACGUUUUCAUGAAUCUGUGGUCGGAGACAAAGUGGAAGAUUGUGGAGUUGACUGCGAAGCAGAAGAGGUUACGUGUGAGAGAAGCUAUGCAAGGCAACAUGUCAGGAUACUGAACGAGUGGAUCAAGGA